GCAGGCCUUGAGUUUCGUUCUCUUUUCCCUCUGCAAUCACCACCGCACCGCUCGCAAACAAAGGAAAGAGGGAGAAACAGAGAAGAAGAACCACCACCCAUUUAAUACUAGAGAGAGAGAGAGAGAGAGAGAGAAAGGGGUGCUUUUCCAUCGUCGAUUGGCUAUCUUGAUGAGGAUUAUGAGAAUCGCUUGAUUCAGGAAACAGCCUGAGAAUCAGUUGUUUUUAUCAGAGUGCUCUUCGAUCGAUCCCCGAGUCGAUCUUCCUUUGUUUUUCCGGCAUUGCAACCAGAGAAGUAAUUCUAGUUGGUGAAAACAGGAACAAGGUUGCGAGUUUUGGCUUGGAGAAGGAAAAUAAUAUAAGCUGGUAAGGUUUUGGCACGAGGGAUUCUUCUUGUUCCUUUGGGAUCUAUCCGAGGAGUGUUGGCGCUGGAAAUAAGCAGAAGAUAAUGGAUUUCUGGCCGGAGUUCCUUGCGAGCAAUUGGGGUAGAGAAUUUGUGGCGGGUGGAUUCGGCGGGGCUGCGGGUAUUUUAUCCGGUUAUCCGCUCGAUACACUCCGGAUUCGGCAGCAGCAGUCGAGGUCCGGCUCUGCCUUCAGCAUCCUCCGCAGCAUCGUCGGCAAUGAGGGACCGGGUGCUCUCUAUAGAGGCAUGGGUGCACCCUUGGCUACUGUCACUUUUCAGAAUGCCAUGGCUUUUCAAUCCUACGCUAUCCUGUCCCGAGCUUUCGAUGCAUCUGGGUCUUCCCAAGACCCUCCUUCCUACAGAGGAGUUGCUUUAGGAGGCGUCGGCACCGGUGCCCUGCAAAGUCUGAUGCUAACCCCCAUUGAACUGGUUAAGAUCCGACUUCAGUUGCAGGACAGAACCUAUGCUAAUUCCCAUAAGCUAUAUAACCGCCAUAAUGGGCCGAUGAGUGUUGCGAAAAGCAUAUUUCAAAGAGAAGGAUUAAGAGGCAUGUACCGAGGCUUGACCAUCACCGUGCUUCGAGAUGCCCCAUCCCAUGGUGUCUACUUCUGGACGUACGAGUAUACGAGAGAGAAGCUCCACCCUGGCUGCAGAAAAGAGGGUGGAGAGAGCUUUAGGACGAUGAUUACAGCGGGAGGCCUAGCAGGAGUUGCGAGUUGGAUCUGUUGCUAUCCCUUAGACGUCGUGAAGACGAGGCUGCAAGCUCAAUCCCACCUCUCGCCUGUGCAAUACAGCGGGAUAGUCGAUUGUCUGUGUAGAAGUGUGAAAGAGGAAGGAUACAGCGUGCUCUGGCGAGGGCUAGGAACUGCUGUCGCCAGAGCUUUCUUCGUGAAUGGCGCAAUUUUCACUGCUUACGAACUCGCUCUCAGGUGCUUCUUCAACAACGAGAGUAGCAUCAGCAUUCAAAGAGAGAGUGCAAUCUGGGAAAACUAGUGGAUGCUUUGCAUCGUUGGCCAUCACUAGAGGCUAUCUAGCUGCUAGCAAGUGUUACUUACACAUGUAUAAAGGGAUGAAUCCAACAUGAUUGUACAGGAUUACUUUCAUAGGAAUGCUGUAGAUCACUCUCUUAGUGGAUGAACUUCUCAGAAUUAUCGCUAUAAUACCUUUUCCACAUUUAAAAAGUAUCAGAAGAGCAC